AUGAAUAGUGAAAAAGCAGCUUUCAAGAUGAGUGAUUGGUACAAGGACGAAAAUAAAUUUAUUGUUUCAAAAUGCCUGAUUUUGAGGCAUGAACACAUAGAUAUCCACGAUGUCAUGUCUCUAUGGCUAUAUAGCAUGUAUCUUCCAAAGCCUAAAAUUUCUAAAAAUCAUGAGAUCACCUAUCACUUUACCUCAAUGUCCUCAAGUCCCCAAAUUAGUUUAAGUAUUAUUGAAAGCUCUGAAUUUAUCUCUCAAAUAGUUUUUUCAUCAAUUAUCUUGUUUUAUGACCCUGAAAAACCAGAAUCUUGCAACUGGCUUGCUGCUAUUUUGCAAAACUCAAAUCUGUUGAAGUCAAAGCGUAAAUGCUUAAUUGUUGCACUCACAAAAAAUUAUGAAGUAUUUGGAAAGGAACUUGCAGCAUUAUACAGAAUAAAGUUUUCAAUUGUUGACCCUAAAUCAAAAAUCUCAAUCAACGAGCAGUGCUUUAAUUUCUGUAAAAAUUGUGCGAUUUCUGAAAACAAUUGGAAGAGAAAAAGGUUUUGUAUAUUUUUAAGAGCAAGUUUAAAAUCAUAUAUAUUAUAUUAAUUUAAUAACCAGCAGUUCCUAAAUAGUUAGCAUUUAUUCAAUAUUAGUCAGUAUAAAAUAUAUUUUACUCUACAAAAGGAAUUUGCUGAUGAAUUUCUUGGACUUUAUGUCGUGCCAAAUCUUGCUCAAAGCUACAUUGUCCACAAAAACUUGCUUGAUGCUGAAGAAAAAUUAGAACAUUAUAAAAAAUAUCAAGAGUCUCAUCACUCCCGCAAAGAAAUCCGUACAGGAAUUUUUAAAACCGAAGAUGCAAUUGAAUAUUAUGAGUCAUUAAUUAAAAAAUGCCAAAAAGACUAUAAAGAUAACCUAAAAGAGAAACGAAUAGGAAACUCUGGAUUUGCUUAUGCCACUUUUAGGACGACUGAAUCUGCUGCAAGGGCUAAAAGGCAUUUAAUGGAAAUGAAAAAAAUGCUGAACUGAGUUGUUAGGACUGCUCCUGCACCUGAAGAAAUUAAAUGGGAAAACAUGGAAGAAGAUUAUGAAGUUUUAAAAUGGCAGAGGUGGCUGCUGAUGAUCUUUUUUAUUAUUUUGUUUUUUAUUUUUGUCACACCAGCAGGAUUUUUGUACUUGGUAAAGGAAGGCUUAUCAAGUUUUAAUGGUGAACAAUUUGUGCAUGGCUUAUUUAAAGAUAAUUUCCCAACUUUGGUAUUAUUAUUUUUCCAAGCUGUAAUUGUGAAUUACUCUGUAUGAUACAUAGUUCAAAAAGAACAAAGAGUUCAUCUAUCUGUGGAGACUACAAGUAGGCUUGUAAAGUACCUUCUUUUUAUGGGCUUUUAUAUUUUCCUGCUUCAAGCUUUAGGGUCACAGACUCUCAUUCAGCUGACCCUUGAAGGAUUUUGGGGAUCGUGGGGUAUGAGGCUUCCGAUCGCGAUCACUCAGACAGGGGUAUUUUUCACUAUUUUUAUAAUAAACCAAGCAUUUCUAGCUAAUGGUUUUGAUUUACUGCAACCAAUUAUAAUUAUAGUCACAAAGUUUAGACUAUCAUUUGCAGAAACUGAAAAAGAAAAAUUGCUUGCCCAAGAAGCUUUGUCCUUUGAUUAUGCUUAUGAAUUUGCACUCUCUCUUAACUCUUUACUCAUUGUUUGUGCUACUCAAUAG